AAUAUAUCACCGGAAAAUACAGCUAUAUAAGAAAGCAAUGCGCAGUAGUCUCUUGUAGUCGCCAAGCAUUGCAACGGAUCGACAAGACGUAUGUUAAAUAAAUCCGACGAGACAAAUCAACCGAUUCAAAAUGGCUUUGAGUAAUUUGGUGGCGGAAUCUCCUACUUGUUCUCAUCCAUUCUGGGGUGGAAUGCCGAUGUCUGCUGUUUGUCAAACUAAUCAAAUGGCAUUGUUCUUUUCGUUGCUAAACACUUUAGUAACUUUACAUCCCAAGAUAGGAGAUCCCUGUGGGCGAGUCACGCCUGUGGAAAAGACUGAAAUUAUUUACGAUUUUAUUGUUGUAGGAGGUGGAGCCGCUGGGUCAGUAGUGGCUGCUCGAUUAAGUGAAAUCGACAAGUGGAAGGUACUUUUAAUAGAAGCUGGUCCAGAUGAGCCAGCCGGUGCGGAAAUUCCAAGUUAUCUACAAGCUUAUCUCGGAACAUCUUUAGAUUGGAAAUACAAAACUACAAAUGAAUCGCAUGCCUGCUUAGCUAAUAACAAAAGUUGUAGUUGGCCGAGAGGCAAAAAUCUAGGAGGUUGUACCGCUCAUCAUGGUAUGGCUUAUCAUCGGGGACAUGCUAAGGAUUACGAACGUUGGUAUGAAAUGGGUUGCAAAGGUUGGACUUGGAAGGAGGUAUUCCCAUAUUUCUUAAUGUCCGAGGAUAACCGAGAGAUUGGUAGAGUUAGUUCGAAAUAUCAUGGUACUGGUGGAGUCAUGACAGUAGAAAGGUUUCCAUGGCAGCCCGACUUUGCUUGGUCUAUUCUUGAAGCCGCCAACGAAACAGGUUUGGGAGUAUCCGAAGAUCUGGUAGGCGAUCAAAUAACAGGAUUCACGGUGGCCCAAACUUUGAGUAAAAAUGGUGUGAGACAAAGUACCGCUGCUGCAUAUCUUAGACCGUAUAGAAAUAAAAAGAAUCUCCAAGUUAUUCUAAAUGCCACUGUCACUACCGUUCUUUUAAGGAGAAAGAAAGCUUACGGUGUGAAAUAUGUGAAGAAUGGAAAAACCUAUACGGUAAAGGCAAAACACGAAAUAAUAUUAUCCGGAGGAACAAUAAACUCACCGAAAAUAUUACUUGACUCCGGAAUUGGUCCCAAAGAAGUUUUGAAGUCUGCGAAAGUUCCCGUGGUGCACGAUCUACCAGGAGUUGGUGAAAAUCUACAUAACCAUGUAUCUUAUGGUUUAGAUUUUACGUUAGAUCAAGUGCCCCAAUCGCAAUUGAACAUUGAUUCCUCUGAUUUGUAUAUUUACAAUCAGACCGGCCCAUUAUCGUCAACCGGUUUAGCUCAAGUAACCGGUAUAUUUCCCUCAACUUUUACUACCAAAGAUGAUCCUGAUAUUCAAAUAUUCUUUGCCGGCUACCAAGCGGUUUGUAAAAGUAAAGUAACUAUUGCUGAUCUAGUAACGCACGAUAACCGAGAAACUGUCAGAUUCACAUCUGUAAAUCUCCAUUCCAAGAGCAGAGGGCGCAUAACGAUAAAGUCUAAUGACCCGUCCAAGCCACCAACCAUAUGGAGCAAUGAACUUAGUCAUAAACAAGACAUAGAAAUUAUUCUUGAGGGAAUUCGCAUUAUUCAACGUUUAGCUAAUUCUUCGGUAAUGACGAAACAUAAAUUGAAACAGGUUAAAGAGCCAUCAGAACAAUGUUCUCACUAUGAAUACGACAGCGAUGAUUAUUGGAGGUGCGAAAUACAAUGGUAUACGAGACCGGAGAAUCAUCAAGCCGGUACUUGUAAAAUGGGUUCUUCCGACGAUCCAAUGGCUGUUGUUGAUCCUACAUUGAAAGUCAAUGGUAUCGAAGGAUUGAGAGUAGCUGAUGCAUCGAUUAUGCCACAAAUUGUUUCCGGCAAUCCCGUUGCUCCAAUCAAUAUGAUUGGAGAAAGAUGCGUAUAUUUCAUUAAGAAAGACCAUAUGAAUUAAAAUUAUUUAAUCAUGUAAACCCUAUAUAUAUAUAUAGUAGACAAAAAUUACUACUAAAUAUAUAAAUUAAUUAAAAUCAUAAGAUAAAAUAUGGAUGUUUGUUCUAUUUUAUAUUAUAAGAUUUGUAUUUCGCGCAGUAACAUCGUAACGUAGUAAGAAAAUUUUUCGUUGAUAAUAAGAUGAAUAAGGAAUAGAAAAACGAAUAAGAAGAGGUCCGCUUUUGCCAAGGUUAUACUUACGUUAUUUCGCCUCUCAGUUAUUAAGAUAGAAAGGAAGGGAAAUGCAGUAACGGGAAAUGGGGUGGAGAAUGAGGAGAAGAAAGGAUAGGAGGUUGGGAAAAUGGUUUGGUAUAUAAGGAGACAGUGGUUACGUUGGUGGUCGUAGAAGGUGGAAGCAUAGAGAGGUCCACUCGACCUCCUUAAACUCACAAGCUUAUACGGAAGAGCGAUUUCGUGACCCUUCGUCUGACCUCUCUGGCUACUCAUACAUCUGGACUCUUUCGAUGUUAGCUACAGACUAAUUACUGCUAAGAUAACGUUUCUUUUGCGAAUAUUUAAAUUAUUUUAAUUAUUUUUAUCUAUAUAUAUAUAUAUAUAUUGACGUGUUUGCAAUUAGUACUGUUUCUUCAAAUUCUAAUUUCUUAAUAUAAUUCGUAAUUAUACGACUAUACUAAGUUACAAUAAAUCAACUUUAAGAAAGUUC